AUGCCUCCCCCAGGUACGCAGCCUAGAAAGCCAGAGCAAUCUGCAGCAAAUAAGGAUCAGAAUGAGUAUAUUCCGGCUUUCAUUGCAAAGAAGCCAUUUUAUAUCGGUGACGACGAUAAUACCGAUUAUCUCGAGCAUCAACGUCUUCAAAAAGCCCAAUUAGACCAGUCAAAAUGGUAUGAUCGUGGGAAGAAAUUGGGUCCGGCAGCCACCAAAUUUAGAAAAGGCGCAUGUGAAAAUUGUGGGGCAAUGACACACAAGGCUAAGGACUGUUUGAACAGACCUAGAGCGAAAGGCGCCAAAUGGACCGGGAAAGAUAUACAGGCAGAUGAAGUUAUACAGGACGUUGAUCUGGGAUGGGAUGCGAAGCGGGACCGAUGGAAUGGAUAUGAUGCGAAAGAGUACAAGGCUGUCACAGAUGAGUAUGCGCAGCUGGAAGAGUUGAAGAAACAAGUACAGAAGGGUAGUGGCAAGGAUGGAGAAGAGGCUGGUGAGGAUGGCGAGGAUGACGGCGCAAAAUACGCAGAGGAAUCAGAUAUGGGCAGACAUCAAAGUACAUCAACGAGACAGCUGAGAAUCCGCGAGGACACAGCAAAGUAUCUUUUGAAUCUGGACCUGGAUUCGGCCAAGUACGAUCCGAAGUCCAGAUCUAUGGUUGACAGUGGAGCGACUGCUGAUACGGCUGCUGCGCUAGUCGCGGAAGAAGGAUUCUUGAAAGCUUCUGGAGAUGCCGCCGAAUUUGAGAAAGCGCAGAAGUACGCCUGGGAGUCGCAAGAAAGGGCAGGCGAUACAAAACAACAUUUACAAGCAAACCCUACUUCUGGUGAGUACUAUAGAAGAAAGGAGAAGGAAGAGGCAGAAGCCAAAAGACAGGCGCGUAAGAAAAUGCUUCUGGAGAAAUAUGGUGGAGACAGUAACCCUACAGCUGCAAAACUCAGGGAUGCAGCCGUCAUCGAGUCCGAAAAGUACGUGGAAUACGAUGAAUUGGGUGGCAUCAAAGGAGCACCGAAAGCCUCCGCAAAGUCGAAAUAUCCCGAGGAUAUUUUCCCCAACAACCAUACCUCUGUAUGGGGAAGCUGGUGGUCUAAUUUUAAGUGGGGCUACUCUUGUUGUCAUUCUUUAGUCAAAAAUAGUUAUUGUGUUGGGGAAGCAGGAAAAGGAGCCAAGCGCACGGCGGAAGAGAUGCUCUCGGGCGUUUCUGAGGAUACGGAUGGAUGGAAGAAGAUAUGUAUAGUUCAGGAGAAAGAGCCGGGAAUAGUCUAA